AUGACAAUUUCGCUGGAGUUGAAAAAAGGCUAUUUUGGAGAUGUUGAUAUUGAUGCUGAUUGGGAUGAAUCACUUUAUGAAUACAAUGGAGAACCACCUGUCACACCUCCUCUUGCUGAUGAUAUUCAAGAUCCUGAAAUCUAUCAUGGCCAAAAGGAUGCUAUUACAGAUGUUUCUUUCGAAGAAAAGGUUCUAAAACUUUCCAGAAAUUGUAAAAUGACGACUGGUGGAAGAGUUGAAUCUUACAACUGCUUGUAUUUGGUGGGAAGCUAUAGUGGUUUGUGUGGUGUUGGUUUUGGAGCAGCUGCAUCCCCUGCUGUUGCUCAGGCUAAGUCCAGAAAGGCAGCAUAUAAGAACAUUAGAAGUAUUGAACCUGGCGCAUGCCUUCCACGUUCUCACUUAAUUGAAGGAAAAUUCGGUUCAUCAAAAAUUAGAAUUCAUCCAAGUACCAAAGAACAACCAACUGCCAACCCUAUUUUGAGAAAACUAUGUGCAUAUCUUGGCCUUAAAUACUGUUCUGUCAGACUUUAUGGAAGUAGAAACAUUUUGAAUGUCAUUCCAGCUUUCUUCCAAUGCAUAGAUCAACUCAAAACACUGUGGUUGUGA